CAGCUGAUUACAUUGACAACUCUAUUAGAAAAUAUUUUCUAUUUUCCUUUUUGCCAUUCGGCAAAUUUUAAUACAUUGUUUGUUGAUAAAUUGGGCAGAUUCGAUUUAUAAAGCAUUAGCACAAAAGUGAUGAAAGUGGGCGUUUUUCGAUGGCGUCCAACCGUGAUAUAUUCUCGAAGCAUUUGCCUAACGUGAAGUUGGCCACACGUAUCGACGCCGAAGGUCGGGAAGUGCAGGUGGAGCGGCGUGAGGAUGUGGACGCUACAGCGAAAGAGCAGGAAACAUUUGAUAUGUUGGUGGCUGCGGGCUACUAUAGAGCGCGUAUUAAGGGAUUGUCUUCCUUUGACAAAGUGAUCGGGGGUAUGACUUGGUGCAUUGAGUGCUGUGAAUAUGAUGUUGAUGUGGAUUUACUGUUUCAUGAGAACUUAACUAUUGGCCAAAAAAUAGCACUUGUUGAAAAAAUCGUAUCUGUUCUGCCACAAAUGAAGUGCCCUUUUCAAAUAGAACCACAUCAAAUACAGGGACUAGAGUUCCUUAGCAUACAUCCAGUUAUACAAUGGCUGGUUAAAAAAUCGGUGGAAAAUCGCGCAGAGCGUGCUCAACGACUGAAAAAAUUUGCCAUUGGUCAGUUUCACAAUCACUACCAGUAUAAAACGGAUAAAGAGCAAUUAGCGAAAAUAAGAAAUGCCUCAACGUAUAUUAAGCACAUUCAAGAGCUAUACAAUCCAACCCGGCUAUACCAGCGCAAAGAUACCAGCAAUGAGGACGAGAAGAUGCGUGUGCGUAUGACAUUGUUGGAGUAUGGUAACGCAGCUGUAGCGAAGGCCGGUAGUGAAAGCCAGUUAGGCAAUCAAGAUGGCGCUGAGGAUGAGUUUGAUGUGCAGCAAUUGCUUAAGAAUCUUACCUUAGCAAAUGAGGAUAUCACUUGUUCUCCAACGCACCGUCUCGACGCUAACGAGCGUAGCGCAAUGCACAAACACUACACAGAACUGCAACAGGAAAUGGAAACGGAUGCCAAACAACUAUCCGAACAUAGUCAAAUUAAAAUGCUCGAAGCUUCUAAAGAAGCGUUAGAACGCAAAGUUCAAUGUAAUCUCAAAGAGAAUGAAGAAAUAAAAGUAGAAUUGCAAAAGCAACAACAACAGUUGCGGUUGCUAGAAGAACAAAAACAGCAGUUGGAAGCUGAAAUUGAACAGUACAAAGCGAUCGAAGCGAAAGCUGACCCAGAGAUUGUUGCUAAAGUGCAAGAUAUGCUGAAACAGCACGACCAACUGAAGAAAGAGGAGACGGAGUUCAAAGAGUUCUGUCGACAAGAUUUGGCCAAUUUGCAAAAAGAAAUAGAUGAACUGGAGGCACUCAAUGCACAAACGCCAGAGGAACAAGAGGCUGCUGUGUCAAAAGAGAAAGCACAAAUACACGAAUUGAAGUUGCAGAUAGCGAAAAAGAAUCGUGGAAUUGUGGCCAUACAGCGACGUUUAGAUGCCAUACCCGAUCGCACGGAGCUGACGCAGUAUCAGCGACGAUUUCAUGAGCUGUAUAAUGAAAUGAGUGCCAAACAUAUCGAAACGAAACAAUACUACACCCUUUUUAAUACGCUCAACGAUAAAAAGCGAUAUCUCGAAAAAGAACUCUCACUACUCAACUCCAUAUGUGAGGCAUAUAACGAAGGUAUGACGAGCGCACAUGGGCGUGAGGAGUUUAUCAAACAGUUUGAGGCGAUUGUGGCUGGUGUGAAGCAAACCGAACAAAAGGUGCGUCAAAAGUACAAUGAGGAGUGUGCGAGACGUGAUGCACUGAAUACAGAGCUGCAAGGACUGCUCGAGCUGCAGCGCCAAUAUGCGGCCGCAGUGAAACAGCUGACCAAGGAGUGCCAACGUUGCGAACAAUUGCAACAGCAUUUAAAGUCAAUUCAGCAAAAAUAAUUUAGUGUAAAGAGGUAUAGAAAUAUAUGCGAUAUAUGCAUAAUUUAUGAGUAAAAGAAAAAAACGAAAAAAUGCAA